ACCACAGGGUAUAUAAUGUGUGUGUAUGUGUUGUUGAGUUGAGCGCAGUCGUCUUGUUCUACACCAAGUCAAAACACACAGCAACACUAUGUCGCUCGCCGGCGCCGUGAAAUCAGAGGCCACUGUCUCCGGCUUGUCCGCCGGCGAAAUUUCAAAGACAAGACCGUCAAAGUUAGUUGUAAUAGCUGAUCUCAACGUUGACCCCUCCGAAAUUGAUGACUCCUUGCCUGAUUCUCUCUCCAGGUUUGGUAAUGAUGAAAUUAGUGAAAAUAGAAGUAUUGGAUCGAGUAAAGAUAUGAUGGAUAUGCCUGAAGUUGAAGGCAAACAAUUCAAGAAGUUGGGGAAAUGCCGGUCUAGACUUGGAAAGGUUGAUUUUUCACUAGAUUGUGGAAUGGAAGUCGAUGGUGAUCAGAAUGGGCAAGGCACACCCUCGUCUCGUGAGGAGAAAGUUAGCAGCCUUAGAACUGGCUUAGUGCUUGUUGCACGGAAGAUGCCCAAAAAUGCUCACGCACAUUUCAUUAUGGGCUUAAUGUAUCAAAGAAUGGGUCAACCAGAAAAGUCAGUGUUGGCUUAUGAGAAGGCAGAGGAGAUUUUACUUCGGUCUGAAGAAGAAAUCGACAGGCCUGAACUGCUUUCUCUGGUUCAGGUGCAUCACGCCCAGUGUCUUCUGCUCAAAAGCUCGGAGGACUUUGGUUCAGGCAAAGAACUGGGAGGCAAAGAGCUAGAUGAAGUGAUUAACAGUUUAAAGGAAUCGAUGAAAUUGGAUAUCAAACAAGCAUCUGUUUGGAAUACUCUAGGCAUGAUUCUUCUCAAGUCUGGACGAUUAAAGAAUGCUAUAUCAGUUUUUUCAUCAUUGUUGGAUGUUGCACCUGAUAACUUGGAUUGCCUAGGAAACCUUGGAAUUGCUUAUCUUCAAAGUGGGAAUCUGGAGCUGGCUGGAAAAUGUUUCCAGGAGGUGAUAUUGAAAGACCAAAACCAUCCGGCCUCUUUAAUAAACUAUGCUGCCUUCAUUUUAUGUAAAUAUGGUGCAGUUGUUGCAGGUGCCGGUGCAAAUGCUGAUGAUCGGGCCUCUAGAGAUCAAGUCAAAGCAGCCAAUGUUGCAAAGGAAUGUCUGCUGGCAGCCGUUAAAGCAGAUCCUAAAGCAGCUCAUAUAUGGACAAAUCUCGCUAAUGCAUACUAUAUAACUGGUGAUUAUAGAAGUUCCAGCAAAUGCUUGGAGAAGGCUGGAAAACUGGAGUCCAAUUGUUUGGCUACACGUUAUGCUGUUGCAGUUCACCGCAUCAGGGAUGCGGAAAGGUCUCAAAAUCCUAGUGAACAGCUGUCCUGGGCUGGGAAUGAAAUGGCUUCGAUAAUUAGAGAAGGAGAUUCACUUUCAAUCGAGCCUCCCCUGGCAUGGGCAGGCCUUGCCAUGGUUCACAAGGCCCAACACGAGAUUGCAGCAGGAUUUGAUAUUGAACAACAUGAAUUGGUUGAGGUUGAAGAGCGUGCUCUAUACAGUCUGAAACAGGCAAUAGCAGAGGAACCAGAUGAUGCUGUACAAUGGCACCAACUUGGACUUCAUAAUCUCUGUACCCAAAAAUUUAAAGCUUCACAGAAAUACUUGAAGGCUGCAGUUGCCCGUUUCAGAGGAUGCAGCUAUGCAUGGUCAAAUCUUGGUAUUGCUCUGCAACUGUCUGCGGAGACAGCUUCACAAGCUGAAGAAGUAUACAAGAGAGCCUUGUCACUGACAAGUCAGCAAGCACAUGUCAUAUUUUCUAACCUCGGAAAUUUAUACAGGCAGCAAAAACAAUUUGAAUCUGCAAAGGCAAUGUUCACAAAGUCGCUUAAACUGCAGCCUGGUUACGCUCCUGCAUAUAACAAUCUAGGUCUUGUUUUUGUUGCUGAGGGUCGGUGGAAAGAGGCAAAAUACUGCUUCAACAUGGCUCUACAGGGGGAUCCACUGCUGGAUGCUGCCAAGUCUAACAUUAUUAAAGUAACAGCGAUGUCCAGAGGCUCUUGAUAACAUUUAAUCUGGAAUCUAUAUAGGUUUAACGUAUUGCACAAAGUACACACCAAAAUUAGGGACAAGAUUUUCGCUUCAUGUAAUUUUUUAGUUAGUCAGUCUUCGUACAUACUAAAGACCACAAAUUAGGGACAUGUAUUGUUCUUUAUGUAAUUUUAAUGUAUUAAUUCACUCUUGGUGUC